CUGAUCAAUCAACUCUAUUAUCUCUGGUGUUUACCAUCGCGCUCCUCACAAUCUGUUAAAAAUGUCAAAAGAUUAUAAAAAAUCGGGGUUCCAAUUUUUUCGUAAGAUUAAAAAUACGUAGAAUUUCCUCAUAUUUGAGUGAAAAUUAGGAUAGAUGAUGUCUGUUCCCUCAGUUCGGUGGUGUUUAGUGAGAUAACCGUAUGAGUGGACACUUGUUGAAAAGUACAUGUGAUGCCUGUGUGAGCGAUUUUUAUUCUACGCAUAACUAUCUUGCCAAUCAACUGCCAUUUUCGUAAAUUAACCAGAAUACAAAAUAAUUUUUUCACUAUAAGAAUGCAAGAUGUGCUGGAAAUAUGUAUUUAUUAUACUCCUGUUCGUUUGCACAGUAGAAUCCGGCUAUGAGGAUGAUAAUUGUAUUUACAAAUAUAUUUGCGACGACGAACCAACCAAAUACGAGAGGGAUAUUCAAGGAAGAAAAAUACAAUGCAAUAUCGAUGACAUUCCCAAGAAUGAGUUGAUUCUGAUAAGUGAAGGAAAUUCCAGCACAUUGAAAACAAUUCUGAAUCUACCGAAUGUUGAAUGCGCCUAUGACGUUGCCUUAGUCGUUAAUUCCACAGUCAAGAGUCAAGAGGAGUGCGAACACCACGAGUUCAACGAUGAUUCCAGUUCUUAUCAAGAAGUUUACACCGAUUACCGGAUUUGUGUGGUGGAUGAGCAAUCUCGAAGGGAGAAUGGAAGUAAUGAAGAACCAACUUGCAAGGAGGACAAAAUUGUUCUCAGUCACGAGCACAUAUUCACUGGUUGUUACGCCCUUCGUUUUUCCAUCGACGAUGAGUACAAAUAUGUUUACCAGGGGAGAAAAUACAUUGUCUCGAAUUAUGAAUUGACAAAAGUACAAGAACCGACGCACCAAUGCACGUAUUUCAACAGGGAAGAUGUCAACAAUAGUAGUGAUGGAGUAAUGUUCAGCCUGGAUAUUUCGUUGCACUCUGCCUCCCCAACAUUGCAUUUAGGAUUGCGAACAUUCCCUACUGACCAUGAAAGUGAAAACAAUGCCUGCACCAACUACGGUAGAGAUUACCACGGGGAUGAGUGGGCCAUUAAUAUGAACAGUUCAGCUUCUCGGACAUCGUUCACGAGGAACUGCAGUUUCAUGACGGUUCAUGAGAAUCUCACAUUCCAUACUUCGUACGCCGAAAGUAUAGAUUGUCGUUUUUCGCUCGGUGUACCAUCGAAUAUGAGUUAUUGCUUCAAACUGAGGGUCAUUGAUGAGCGUUGUAGUAAAGGUUCUCUCUGGAACAUUCCACGAAGAUCCUACCCCUGCACAUGGAUGCUAGAAUGCAACAGGGAUCCAAAGAUUCGUGGAACAUCCGAACACCUCGGAGAAGUUGACGGCCCCAGGAAAAUCAUAUCUGAGAGCAGUCUCUUUCUCCCUGUGGGUAUUGCACUGGUUCUCUUCGUUUUCGCCAUAUCGGGCAUUUUGAUGGCCGUGCAUCGAUGGAGAUCCACCUCGCGGCAGGCUUAUCUCAACGCGAAUAUGCGAGACUUGAGAGUUGCGAGUAACACAGAGGCUGAUGUGGUUGAUACUGACGAUGAGCUGAGAAAAUGUGGGAAAACGGGUGAUAUUGACGAAACGAAGGGAAUUGUUCUUUUAUACGCCAGGGGUUCUACUUCGUUCAUGGCUUUUAUGACAGAGUUCAAGGAUGUUCUUAAACUUUAUUGCAGGUGCCACGUUUAUGAUUGGUAUGCCCCUUGUGAAUGGAACGAGGUGGCCAAGGUUGGUGCUUGUGAUUGGGCUACGAAUCUAUUCAAGAAUCAUCAUCGCGCUGUGUGGAUUGAUACACCUGGUGCCAGAUCGCUGGCUUCCAAUCGUUUCGGCGAUGACAAGUGCGGUGCGGAAGCCAUCAGCGAUUUUCGGGAUAUGGCUUUCUUCGCUGUUCUAGAUUAUGCCAAGCGCAGUGUCUUAAACACUAAACUGCAGUAUAGUAGACAUUUCAUUGCGAGACUCGAAGGAUUUGAUAAUGGAACCUCCACCGAAGACCCAUUCUCGGAUCUCUCUCCUCAUGCUCGUUACCUCAUUCCUUAUCACCUCAGUCAACUGUGCUCACACUUGUCAUUGAGAAAAUCCGACAGUAGUGGCCAGGCGCUGAUGACUGAAGAGGCUCAAAUGAGGGAACGUUUGAAACAAUUUAAAAAUGAAUCGAAAUACAUGUGAUUUAUUUCUAAGAUUUUUUACAAGAUUACUUCAUGUGAAUUACAAUUUUUUCGAGAUAA